AACCAUUUAAUCGUCGUCUGUUGCCACGGCAUCUGGAACGGCGGCCAAUCAAACGGCGCCAACGAAGACGAAUGGCUGAUCGCUGAUUUUCAGCGUGGCGAGACGCCCACGUUUAUUGAGCACAUCAAGGCAGGGAUCCGAUGUCUCGCUCAGGACUACGACAAUGCUGUACUCGCAUUUUCCGGCGGCCCAACGCGAAAAGAAACGACUCUGAGUGAAGCUCAAAGCUACGCCAACAUCGCCUCCGCACACGGCUUCUUCAGCCUCAUCAGCUCCCCGCAAGGCACCUUUAAUUCAUCCAAAACCUUGAUAGAAGACCGCGCUUUAGACUCUUACCACAACGUGCUCUUCAGCCUUACCCUCUUCUACACUCGCUUCCGUACUUGGCCCAUUUCUUUAACCAUUGUUUCCCACGCUUUCAAAAAGUUUCGUCUCAUCGACGGCCAUUGCACUGCUAUUGGAUUCCCCCUCAAUAAAACACAGUUUGUUGGGAUUGAUCCGCCUGGAAUGACGAGCGGAGAGAAUGAAGAUGCGUUAAAGGGCGUAGGACAGGCGGUGGAUGACUGGACUGCUGAUCCGCAUGGCAGAGGAGAGAAAUUGGCAGGUAAGAGGGCGAAGAGGAAUCCAUGGGGAGUUUGGCAAGGAGUUUUUGAGGAGAGGAUGGAAAAA